UGCAAAUCUCAUGCAAGUUUCGAUCACACCCAAAGAUUAAGAAACGAAUUUUGAAUCAAAAUUUGAACACUUUUUUUAAUUUUGUUUCCAAUCGAGUCUAAUCAAGGGGGGAAAAAAUAAUGUUUGACCCUAUGGUUCAUCUAUUAUGAAAAAGCUAAUGGGCUUUUGGAGCAUUAGUUAGGCAGAAUGCCACUAGUCAGGAAGGAAAAAACUCAAAAAAGUGAAACAAAGAUGCCUGUGGACCUCUCAUAUUGGAGAAUGGAAAGCGUGGCGUUUAGUGGUUUUGUCGUUGUGAAUGUUUUUGUGGCUUCAUAUAAUGUGUGGGUGCUGUUUUGUGGGCGGUUUAUUCUUCGGACGAAACAUUCAUCAUCACCAUCAUCAAUGUCGCGAUAAGGAAGGGUAUCCAUCGCGUAACGUGGGGCAAGGAGAUAGAUAAGGUGACACAAUCUAAGGUUUGUUUUUCCACAUAUAAAUGAUUUUGUAAAUCUUUUCUCCAAAAUGAUGAUAUUCUACAAUGAUUUCUCAAGGUAUUUGGUGAUUUGGCGGUGACGGCGGGGCAAAUUUACCAUUCAAAUAAGCGAUAUAAGAAUACCGUGGCUCAUAAUAGCGACAUAACAUAAACCCGCAAGCUAAAAACAUCGACACAAGGAUUAGUGGUCAUGAGACAUGUGGCAUGUAGUGGUUGGUUGAGGAGGAGAGACGAGGAUCAUGCGAGGCCAACGAGAUAUAUGGCGUGUGGGCUUAGAUUGCGUGGCUGAAAUGCGACCUUGCUAUGUCGCCACUCCGGAUUGUGAUCUUUUGAAUAGACGACUUUGCUUAUGGCACCCCCACCUGAAAAAUCUCGUCCCGGUCGGGUAAUUCAUCACAGGACAUGGGUCGGGGCAGGUCAACCCAUAUGAGUACGUAAUUUAAAAGAAAAACAUUAGAAUUUUUAUUUUAUUAAAAUAACCAAGAAACAAACUAAAAUAUGAUAAUGUAGUUAAAUUAUUAAAAAAUAUGAGGUUCUCAACUAUUUAUAACUUCAUUUUAGCACAAUAUAAGGUAAAAAUAGUAAAAUUAUAAGUAAUUUGAGUAAAAUUAUAAGUAAUUUGAGUAAAAUUACAUGUAUUUUAGGCAUCAACGGGUUGAGAAUGGGGUGAGUCAAGGCGGAUCAGGUCGAGGAGAGUACCCAUGCUCGUCCCCCCCCCCCCUAUGGGUCGGGUCGGAUCCUCCUCAAAACAGAUUGAGUAAAACAGGUCAGGUCAAAAAUGAAAUCCAUAGUCACAAUGAGUGUGCUACCAUCUCAAGACAAUGGUGACCACUUUGGUAGUACCUCGAUGCUAGAUGACUCAGUGAUAUCCAUACUUACCCUUCUUGUAUGAUAUCAUGCUUGACAAUACCUUGAUGCUAGAUGACUUAGUGAUCUCCAUGUUGACCCCCUUGUAUGAUGUCAUUCUUGAUACCUAGGUUCUCUACCAUGUGGGGUGUGCAUGUUUGACACUCAGAGUCUUAAUGACCUCGUUGGGUAUUUACCAUGCUUCAUACCUUGGUUCUCUACCCAUAACGUGUAUCUUGUUUUGUGUAAAGAUGAAUGAGACAAUGAUGGGCUUACUCCAGCAUAGAAGAUCUCGCUCUUCUGUAGGUUACAUUUUAGACCAGAUACUUCAUAGAAACUAUCUAAAUCAUUUUCGUAACCUCAAAAGUUUCAUAUGACCCUUUUGUAAAGAUUAAUAAAUCAUUAGUACAUGAUCAAAUAAACUAAUUUUUACUAAAAGACUGAAGAAAGUAUGUUUAUUUGAACUCAAAACUAAAAUUUUGAUCUUGCUUGACUGCUUGAGGAUGAGGGUGCACAUGUCUACUCUUCUUGUAUGAUGUCAUGUUUGACGUCUAGGUACUUAUGGGGGUUGACGUCAUGGCAGUUGAUGAAUGCACACUAACCCCUUAAGGUGGCAUAAUACUUGUAGGGUCUUGAUGAGUGAUCUCAUGGUUGCCCCCUUGAAAAAUAUCAUGAUUGACACCUACGUGUUAAGUGGAUGCGCAUCAACCCUCUAAGAUGAUGUCAUGCUUGAGACACAAAUACUUGAUGGGUUGGGAUGUACGCAUUGACCCUCUAAGGUGAUGUCAUGCUUGAUGACUUGGAACGACGUAUACCCACGCAACCCCAUUGGAUGAUGUCAUGCGUGAUGGGUCAGUGGCGAGUAAGUCUCCACUUAUGUACCUUGCAUGACAUGGCAUAUAACUCAAAAGUCCAUCGCUCGUGCCCAACUUAAAUCAAUUUAAUUAACAUGGUUAUAUUGGCCUUAUAAAUCGCAACUUCUUCAAUUUAGUCCAUGUGGUAUUAAGUUAUUUAAGUGGUAAUUACAGUUUCAGAUGUCAAUGAUGAUAGGAGGGAGAUGAGUCGACAAGGGUAGAAGUGAUAUAUUUGAUUUUUUUUUGCUUUAUUUUAUUUUCUUCAUAUAAUUUUUUUUAUUUUAAAAUAGCAAUGUGGGGGUCUCUCUCUGACAACUAGGGGUGCUAAUCAUAUUGGUUUGGUAUAAGUUCACCAUUAAACAAAAAAUGCAUACAAAAAUUCGAACCAAUAAAGCCUAUCGAUUUACCGCCUGUUAUCGGUUCGAUAAGAAAUUAGGCAUCAACAAUAACAAUAAUUCAAAACAAUUUAACUAUACUUCAAUAUUUUAACAUAAAAUCAAUACAAUAAUUAUAAGUAACAAUAUCAAUACAAUAUCCACCAUUAUUUCAUAAUCUAAAUCCAAAUCCCAAAUUCCCAACAUAUAGAAUGAAAAAUAAUCAAUGUGUUCAUCCAAUUAGCGAGUGGCAACUAGCAAUACAUCAAACACCACAAGAUCAUAAUAUCAUAUAAACAUUGACAACCAUCAAAUAAACGAAGACUAUCAAGUGCGAGGUUUGCUCUUGCGACUAUGAAUGAGAGUUGGAGAGGGGUGACUUGCAGCUGCAGUUUCUGACUAUUUGACACAUUUGAGACUUCAGUGGAUGGUCGUUUGGAAUAGAUGUGGAUUACGAUAUUAGGAAUCGCGAUUUUUGUUGGUCUUGAAUAUUAAGACUUUUUCCCUUAGUCAAAAUCCAUACCGAACUAUUAUGAAACUAUCGAUUACCGACUAACUAUUUACGAGCCAUACGAGUAAUCUACUAUGAAUUUGUGUCACUAUUUGCAUCAAUUUGUAAUCUUCUGCAGAAAAAAAUGAAUUUGUAAUAAUAUUUUCCAAAUUUCAAUCGAACUGUUUUGAUUCAAAAUGUCAAAAUGUGGACCAAAACAUAAUUUACCCAUUUUCUUGGAAGAAGGCUUGCGUGAUCCGACAUCUAUGAAAUUUGUUAGUUGUGGGUAGCUUGUUGUGGGUAGCGUGGGUGCAAAAGUACCAAAUUAAGGGAAUAAAAUCUUCUUAUUAGUACUGUUAGUACUUGGAUUUGGAGAAAGGUCCUCAAAUGUCGAGGGCUGGCGCAACAACACAUAUCUGGUUCUGGGGACACAUUGGCAUGGGUUGGAGUCACUCUAGCUAAAUACUCGGUCAAGCUUGUCUGGGAAUCCAUUAGAGAUCCCUCCUCGAAGGUUACAUGGUAUCAGGCUGUCUGGGGCAAGCCAAUCUUUCUGAAACAUAGUGUGUUGUUGUGGCUUGUUGUAUUAGACAGAAUCAAAACAAAGGACAGGUUGUCUAAAUGGGGGAUUCAUUGUGAUCCUUGUUGUGUACUUUGUCCUGAGGGUCUUGAAAGUAGAAACCAUUUGUUCGACAUCUUCGCUUCUGGUUCUACUGUUUUGAAGAAAGUAUUGCACAAGGUUUGUGUUUGGUAUGAGUUUGGGGAUUGGCAUUCGCAGUUGGUUUGGGUAGAACAACAAUGGAUGCAAACAAAUGAUGCAGUUGUUGUUGGGAGACUCUUAUGGGUCACAGGAAUAAGUUUUAUAUGGCGAGAAAGAUGUGCGAGAUUGUAUAGCACCUCAACAGCUCUCUCCCCAGAUGAAGUCUCACUCUAAGUUAUUGAAGGAGUUCACAAUUUUUGCUCAAAGCCAUGUUCCCUUCCAUUUGAGAGUACAACGAGUGUUAGGGAAUUUAUUUCAGUAAUAUUUGUUUUCAUUUUCUACAAAAUUUGAUGGUCGUAACUGUAAGUUGACAUUUUGAGAGGGAGUUUGCGAGAACUAUCCGAAUUUCAAUACAAUUUUUGAUUAACCAUAAAAAAAUCUACUUUAAAUUCGUGUCACUAUUGCCUCAAUAACUGAAUUUGUAACCUUCAAUCGGACCGUUUCGAUUGAAAAUGUCAAAAUGUGGACCAAAACGUAAUUUACCUAUUUUCUUACUUACUAUCAUUCAGCUCGAUUCUGUUUCUUUCGUACACGUUGGUUCAGGUGAUGCAGAAAAUCAGAAUAGUUCUUUGGAAGUCUACCACCGGCAACUUCCUUCAGUCCUCCCUAUCCACAAUUAUUCCAAAAUUUCCAAUGCCCAACGUCCGUCCGAGUUUCAAGCAUCUCUGAUCUCUCUGUAGCUUUCCUAUUCAUCCCUCUCUCUCCCUCACUUUGUCAUCAUCGGAACGCAAUCGGAAAUCGGCAUCUCGUCGGAGCUUCUAUUAAACACAAUUCCCAAUUCUCCCAAACUUCACUCUCCCUACUGAUCAAUCAACCUUCGAUUGGAUCAAUCCCACCUCUGUUCGAUCGCUCCCAAUCGAAAAUUCGCCAUGGAUCCCAACCCCAAAUCCUUCCCGAUCCUCUCCUACGUCAUGCAGCGCCUCCCGUCGAUCAGCCCCAGGGCGGCCCUUUCCCCCUCCUCCGCUCGUCCUCCGCUCACCGCCUUCGACAUCGAGCAACAGCCGCUCCGCUCUUCCUCUGCCUCAUCUUCCCCUUCCUCGUCGCCCUCCGGCCAGACCCGCCUCCUCUCCGCGAUGCCCAAUCUCAAGGACCCGGAGCUGCUCGCCUCCAUGACCACCGCCAUCGCCGACGUCUCCCAGACCCGGGCCAUCCUCCGCAGGCUCGGGCCCCGCCCCGACCACGAGACCGUCGACGACGCCAAGGCCAAGCUGGCCGACAUCGAGGCGAAUCUGUCGAAGCGCCUCGAGGAGAUCGUCCUCACCCCGCGGCCCGAGGAUGUCGAUCGGCUGGAUUGGAGGGAGCAGCUGGCGAAGAAGGAGGACGACUGCCGGAAGAUCGCCGAGAAGGAGAAGAGCCUCUACACGACGAUUGUCCAGCUGGAGGAGAUGCACGUAGGGUACGAUAGGCUGUUGAAGGAGGCCGAGCAGCGGCUGGUUCAGAUGUACGAGAACGCCGAGCGGGUUGAAGGUGAGGAAGAAGAGGCACCCCCCAAGGAGGAGGUGAAUGAAGACGUCGUUAGGGUUCUUCAAGAGGCUUCGGGGAAGGGAAUUGAUACGGUGGAUUUGUCCGCCAGGAAGCUCAGGUACUUGCCCGAGGCAUUUGGCAAGAUUCAUGGCCUGAAGUUGCUUAAUCUCUCCAACAAUCAACUUGAGAUGGUUCCUGACUCAAUAGCUGGGCUAGAAUAUCUUGAAGAGCUCAACCUUGCUUCAAAUCUUCUGCAUGUGCUACCCGAUUCAAUUGGAUUGCUGCUUAACAUGAAAGUCUUAAAUGUCUCCAGCAACAAGCUAGAAGCUUUACCAGACUCCAUUGCUCACUGCAGGUCGUUGGAAGAAUUGGAUGUGAGCUUCAACCGACUUACCUACUUGCCUACAAACAUCGGGAAUGAGAUGGUGAAUCUCCACACAUUCUCUUUCCAGCUAAACAAGGUCCGAUCUAUCCCCAUGUCCAUUGGCGAGAUGAAGUCGCUUCGCCAUCUUGACGGACACUUCAACGAGCUCAAUGGCCUUCCACACACAAUUGGGAAGCUGACAAACCUCGAGACCCUGAACCUGAGCAACAACUUCACCGACUUGAGGGAGCUCCCCGAAACUUUUGGCGAGCUGUUGAGCCUCAAGGAGCUCGAUCUCAGCAACAACCAGAUCCAUGCGCUGCCCGAUACCUUUGGGAGGCUGGAGAAUUUGGUGAAGCUGAACUUGGAGCAGAAUCCUCUCGUGGUUCCGCCGGUGGAAGUUGUGAAGGAAGGGGUACAAGGCGUGAAGAGGUACAUGGCUCAGAGGUGGAUUGACAUACUGAUGGACGAAGAGAAGAAGGCCAUACUCGAGACACAAGAGGAAGGCGAAUCAGGAUGGUUAACCCGCAGCACUUCCUGGUUGAAGAACACCGCCGCGACUGUUUCCGGGUAUGUCAGCCCGAAAGCCCCCAGGGAUCCUUAUCUUGAUCAGCAGCUAUAAGAGAAUUCUCCCAAGUUUCCCCUCAGCAAAUUUUUGAGCAUCCCACUUGAUAUUGUACUACUUGAUGUUUUGGUCGUUUUUCUGGUUUGGUUUUCCAUCUUUUUCAAGAUAGAAAGAGAACAGUAAAGCAAGGUUUUUUGUUUCUCAUUUCCCAUUCAUAGACAUGUCGCAACAGGGGCUAUAGUUUCUUUCAUAUGAAAUCAAAUCUCAGUUUUGGUACACGAGGUUAGUUUUUUUUGUUUAGUUUUGCACGUUCGAUGUUGAUGUAUGAACUAACUGCUGCUAUGCUAUUUCUCAAUCCGUGAAAGUUGUCAGGAAAUAAAGAAUUUGUUAGAAAUAUGCCUUUAACAUUAUUAUAAUUGUUAUCAUUAUUUUUCUGUGAAAAUUAUUAUUAUUAUUAUGAUUAUUAUUAUUAUUAUAGUUUGGUGUUCGGAGGUAUGUCAUUUAAAUACGACGUGAAAAUAUGUAUUCUAAACUUCUAAUGAUUUUAAAUUUAAUUUCAAUUUUCAAAAUUCUGAUGAUCUUUCAUUAAAGAUAGAACAUUGUAUUGUUAAUGGUUAUAAUCUCGCGAAUAUCAUUCAUGACCUGUCUAAAAAAGUGUAACACAAAUAGGAAACCGAUAACUAAAACAUUUUAACUAAUAUUUGUUUCUCUUAUUUGAGAAACAAUACAUAGUAAUAUAAAAAAAUUUUAUGUUAUUAUAAGCAAUGGAAUAAUAAAUUAAUAAGAAAAUAAUAUUUCUCAUUUAUACUCUAUGUUAUGAAAAAAUUAUAUUUAUCAACCAACAUACACAAAAAUUAGCUGAAAGACAAUCUUAUUUACUCGACAAAUAAAAUUAUACCUCUAUUGUAGUAGCCACCCUGCUUAUGUAUAUAAUCACAUCAGGUGUCCAUGAUAACUUCAGUCUGACUUCAUGAUUUUCAUUUUACCACAGUUAGUUCAUGUUAAGCCAAAUAACUUUAAAUUAAAUAUAUGGUUAAUUACUCUAUAAGAUAAAAGAAUUAAAUAAGUGAAAUAAUCCACACAAUUGGUUUUUCGGAAUUUUAAUUCAUUUAAACUCACCCAGGUGCAAUCAUGUCGGAUUAUCAAGAGGUUUAAGGUUUAGCGACUAACCAAACUAAAACUUUCAAAGAGUUGGUCACUUAUAGUUUGCAAAAAAAUAUCGUUGCUUUAUGGUAAUUCUAAAAAUUAAUACUAAGUUAAGAAUUAUAUAUUAUUUCUAGACAUUCAAUAUUGCAAUUCAAUAUAAUCAACAUAUGAUGAAACAUAAAAAGUACUAUUUUAGAUCUCUUUGUCAUGGCUGGAAUUGCAUGAUUUCCACAUUUAUAAGCCUUAUUCACUUGCAUUUGCUUGAUAAUAACUCAAGGUGCAUAUAGUAAUUCUAGAAUUGCGUUUAUCAUUGUGAUACACUUUUGGUUGUGUUUCAUGUAUUUUGAAAAAAAGCAUCUUAGAAUACCACCUUGCUCAAAUUGGAGACGUUGUAGAUUAGUCAGGAGGAUAAAAAUAGGGUUAAUUGCAAGUUUGGUCACUAGGUUUUCUAAAAACGUUCACGUUUGGUCACUAGAAAUAUUUAAUUCCAUUCGUGGUCACUAAAAAUAGUUAGACAUUCCAAGUUUGGUCACUCUCCGUCCAACUCCGUUAACUUCGGCUGACGUGGCAGUCAAAUUUCAUAGCUGACUGUUAAAUAUGUGACGUGGCAAUUAAAAAAUAAAUAAAUAAUAAAAUUUAAUCAUUUGAACUUUCCACCUCAUUUUCACAAAUAUUCAAAAAUAAAAAUUAAUUUUAUAU